CAACAUGGCGGCCGCUGCACGAAGGUUACGGCGUUAGCAGAUAAUUAUGCUUUAGUUCUAGAAAAACGUUUAACGUUUGUCUAUUUUGUGUUUAAAGUUAGUGUAGUGUAUUGUAUUAGCUUUGGUUUAGCGACCAAAAAAGAAUUGUGGCGUCUAACACUGAAAGUGUGAUGUUAUUGGACAUUAAAAAUGUCGGCAAUGUGGAAGCUAGAAAAGGACUUGUGCCGAUGUUGUCACGCGGAGGGAUCCUUUAAACAUCUAUCGGAUCCCUGCUUCCUUUUGGGGCAGGAGGAAAUCUACUCCAUCAUGUUGCAAGAUUGUCUAGAUGUCAAGAUUGUCCCCAUGACGGGGCCCCUUUGCGAUGCCACAUACACAAUAUGCGAGUCAUGUGUGGCACGGCUCCGAGACGCCUCCAACUUCAAGCGUCAGGUGCAGGAUUGCGAGGAGCGCUUCAAGGAUAUGUACAGCAAGAACAUGAUCAAAGGGUUUGAAGUCAAAGAUGAGCCGUUUGAGUCUGAUGCUGACAUGAAGCAAGAAUCCCAUAGCAUAGAAGAAGACGAGGAUGAUGAUGAUGCCUUCAUGAAGUUUGAUGAUGACGACGCUUCCUCGUACGAAGAGCACGAAGAGCACGAAGAGAUGAUCACCGUUGAAAUAGAGGCCGAGCCGCGAGCCAAGGGCAAGGGCAAAGGCAAAGCCAAGCCCAAACCCAAACCCAAGAAGGCCCCCGUCAAGAAAACCAAGACCAAGGAGAAACCUAUCAAGGUGGAGACGGAGCUGACUGAGGCGGCGGUGAGCGGAGAGAAGAAGAAAGACGAAGAAAGACACAACAUGAAAGCCUGCUUCAAGUGCAAAAAGAUACGCAAAGUAGAAGACCUGGGCGACACCAAGACCUGUCCGGACUGCACCACCAUCCUCACCAACUGCGUCGUGAGGCUGGUCAGAGAGCAACUCCAAGCGGGACCUAUCACCAACUUCUUCAUCACCACGGAAGAGCCAGUUGACAACGGGCAGGCUAAAUCAGAGCCUCAGGCGGCCGGGAGCUCUACUUCGGACCCGGCACCGGCCAGCUCCGCUUCGGACCCGGCUCCGGCCAGCUCCGCUUCGGACCCGGCACCGGCCAGCUCCGCUUCGGACCCGGCGCCGACCAGCGUGCUGCGCGACUUCCUGCUGAGAGGACUUGCUGGUAAUUCAAAAAAAGAUGAAAAUGAAAGUGGGGAAACAGUUAAUAAUCAAAAAGUCAAAAAAGAAGACACCGAUGACGAUAGUUUAGAAAGCUUAGAUAUGAAACAGGAAGAUUUCGAGGUGUACGGUUGUAAGGAAUGUCAGAAAACUUUCGAUAAGAAGUCAGGCCUCCAAAAACACAUACGAAGCGUCCACAAAAAGGUUUUACUGAAGUGUCCCGACUGCGGAGACAGCUUCCCUACCAAAAGAACACUGCAAAAUCACGAGAAGAAAGUUCACGAUAAAAACACCGAGCCUGAGAAAGACACGAGAUAUAAGACAUUUAUCAAAGUGAUUCAAGGAGAACCGCCACACGAAGAUAUAUACGCGUACACGAGAUAUAAGACAUUUAUCAGAGUGAUUCGAGGAGAUCCGCCAGACGAGGACAUAUACGCGUGUAAGCUGUGCGAUUCCAAAUUUUAUCGGCUCAUGGAAAUCACCGCUCACACGAAAAUCCACGCGCGCAGGCUAACGUGCCCAGUGUGUUUCAAGUUCAUCCCUGAUCCAGUGGAGUAUAAAACACACAGAGCUCAGCCACAUCCCGAUGCUAAAAAAUUCACAUGUCAAACCUGCAAAUGCGUGUACAACACCAUAUAUGAGCUACGACAUCAUGAAAAAUUAACCCAUUAUCGGUACAAAUGUCCUCAUUGUCAAGAAAUGCUCACCAAAAACUCAUUACAUAAACACUUGCGACAAUUUCACAGAGAAUCCUUGCCGACGUGCGGAAUAUGUGGUUAUAAGUCUUCACAACAAUCUAGAAUAACCCAACAUCAAAAAAUUGUGCAUUUAAAGGAAAAAAAUGUCAUUUGCGACAUUUGCCAAUUUCCAUUUUACAAUAUCUCAAAAUUAAGGAAACAUAUGGUCAGCCACAAAGCGGAGAAAAUUUUUGAGUGUGAACAUUGCAAGAAGAAAUUUGCGCGUAAAUCGACUCUUAUUUUGCACGAGAAGAUCCACACGGGGAAGAAGGACAAAAUUUGUGUGGCGUGCGGCGCUGCCUUCGUGCAGAAAGCGAGCCUGAACUACCACAUGUUGAAGCACCAUCCGGACCGUGUUUAGUUCUGCCAAACCGCUGCAAAACUGAAUGAAUUCACUUACAUGGUGCCCAUGCAAUUUCCCGCAGAAAUAGGCAGAGAUCACGGAUUUUCACGUGCUACGAUCCUGCCACACCCGAUUAAAGUAGACUACCUACGCUCUCGCCUCCAAAAAACGUGCCGAGCGAGAUAGCUCGAGGGAGUCCUCUGUUUUUUCUCCCUUUAGGGCGACUAUCAA